AUGAAGACAACACUCGUUCUUUUAGCCAUUGUGGGCCUGGCGACAGCUGCGCAAGUUCCUGAUGCAUUCGCUGAUCGUUCCCUCUCGAGCUCAGCCGUCGAAGCUAUCGAAGGUAUUCGUGAUCAGAUGCCAUGCGGUUUUCCCGGUGUCGGCAUUCCACCACUCGCUCCCCUCAAGAUCCCAUACAAAGAGGUUAACAUCGACACUGAGGCUCUACAAUUGCAAGGUGUUGUGGAAAACUUUCGCUUGAAUGGCUUAAACGAUUUCGAUAUCGAGGAGAUGAAGAUCAACGCGAUCACUAGCAAAGUCACCUUCCGCUUCCUCUUCCGCAAUGUGAAUGUCGAUACACAAUACGAUUUGCGUUUGUUCUUGAAGAAGGCCGGUUUCACUAUCAACUUGGUGGGCAAUGGUCCAGCUAAAUUCGCUAUUAAAGAACUGGACAUCAGUGGCGUCGUCAAAUACUCCUUGGGCGUUUUGAGCGGCAAAUUGAAGUUGAAAACGUUGAGCAUUCGCACGCAUAUCGGUGAUGUGGAAUCUGAUAUUCAGGGUGUUCUGGGUGAGGCCGGCAUCAAUCAGCAGUUUAACGGAGCCUUGGCUGAGUUGUUGCAAGUUGGCGUGAAUGAGAAUGAAGACGAGAUUGCUGAUACCAUCGAGUCGAUUGCUUUGCCAAAAGUGAACAGCGUUUUGUCGGAAAUGACUCUAACCGAUUUGGUUAGUUUGGUGACUGGCAAUGGUGAAGAGAGGGAGGAAUGCAUUCCACCAUCAUAUUAAUUGAUUGAAUCCAAUGGUUUUGGAUUGGAUCUUUGUUGCUAAGCUAAGACGUAUUUUUGAGAAUGGAAUAAAAUGUGCAUUUCGGACAAAAAUAUUGCAAUAGACGAUAUAUAAAUAGUAAAGGGGGACGAUACAAGUUUUUUUUUUGUGGAA